ACUUUAUUAUUUUAGUCUUCCGCUAAUUCGCUACUUAGAUUGUAGGUUGAAGUUAGAGUGCUCCUCAUUAAGUGCAAUUUUCCAUACAUUUUUCUUUUAUUUUUAACCAAAAAUUUUCCACUUUCGCGUGUGCACUUUUUCAAAAAUAUUCUUUUAAUAACUAGUGUGCUCAAUCGGUGCUUAUAAGAAGCGUGUAAUCGUGCGGUAGUGAGUUGCUUUUCGGUACAGCGGGUCCAAAAGUCCAAUCCGUCACCACCGCCUCACACACAUUGUUUUCAUUACGCUGUGUUGCUUUGAUCACUUUGUUUGUUGUUGCAGCUGACAAAGUCACUUAUUUACAACGCAUUGCCUACACCAAUAAUAGCAACAACAACAAAAAGUUAAUUACCAAAAUAUACAACUUUGUUUACGUCAACACGGUGAAGCAGUCAACAUGGCUACUCUACUGAAGCUGGCAAAAGCCAAUAAACUUUUCCAUCCAUCAUUCGUACGCAGUGUUUCCGAUGUGGCCAAAUAUCCCAAAAUUACCACACACUAUACCAUAAAUCCACGUGACAAAGAUGAACGCUGGAAGGAAGUUGACAUGGAGCGCUAUGUGGAUGAAGUGGAUAUAGUUAUAGUUGGCGGUGGUCCAGCGGGCAUGUCAGCUGCGAUACGCGCCAAACAAUUGGCGGCAGAGCAGGAAAAGGAACUACGCGUUUGCGUGGUGGAGAAGUCCGCGGAAGUCGGUGGUCACAUACUCUCAGGCGCAGUCAUUGAUCCGAUUUCGUUGAACGAACUCUUUCCCGAUUGGAAAGUGUUGGGCGCACCGUUACACACACCCGUCGGCACCGAUCACUUCUCCCUGCUCACCACUAACGGACGCAUACCCCUACCCGUCUUUAAAGGCUGGCCCAUGGAUAAUCAUGGCAAUUAUAUUGUGCGUCUUGGUCAUUUAGUGAAAUGGUUGGGCGAACAAGCCGAAGCUUUGGGUGUUGAAAUCUACCCUGGUUGCGCCGCUGCAGAGGUGCUGUUCCAUCCCGAUGGCAGCGUCAAAGGUAUUGCGACCAAUGAUGUGGGCAUUGCAAAGGAUGGCUCGCCGAAGGACACAUUUGCACGCGGCAUGGAAUUGCAUGCGAAGACGACGAUAUUCGCUGAAGGCUGCCGUGGACAUCUGAGUAAACAACUGAUGCAACAAUUCAAGCUGAACGAGGGCAGUGAGCCGCAAACCUAUGGUAUUGGCUUGAAAGAGAUUUGGGAGAUACAGCCCGAGAAGCAUGUUCCCGGUUUGGUGGAACACACAAUUGGCUGGCCCCUGGACUUCCGCACAUAUGGAGGUUCCUUUUUGUAUCACUUGAAUGAGCCCACACCAACCAUCGCGGUCGGUUUUGUGGUCGGGUUGGAUUACAAAAACCCCUGGAUUAGUCCGUUCCAAGAGUUCCAGCGCUUCAAGACACAUCCGAAGGUGCGUUCCGUCUUCGAAGGCGCCACACGUAUCGCGUAUGGUGCGCGUGCCAUUAACGAGGGUGGUUUCCAGAGCUUACCCAGCAAAUUGAGCUUCCCUGGUGGCUGCUUAGUUGGCUGCAGCGCCGGUUUUCUCAAUGUGCCGCGCAUCAAGGGCUCACAUUAUGCCAUGAAGAGCGGCAUGUUGGCGGCGGAGAGCGCUGUGGAGGCGAUCAAUAGCGAAUCCCAAGCAACUGCUGGACUUGAGCCGCAAUCUUAUGCUGACAAGAUACAAAACUCCUUCAUCUGGAAGGAUCUGCGUGAUGUGCGUAAUGUGCGUCCCUCUUUCCACAAUCCACUCGGCAUGUAUGGCGGUCUCGCUUUGAGUGGUUUCUCACUAUUUACCGGUGGUCGCGAACCAUGGACACUGAAACAUGGUCCACCCGAUCAUGCGUCCUUGAAACCAGCUAGUCAAUGCCCACAAAUUGUUUAUCCCAAACCGGAUGGCAAAAUCUCCUUCGAUCUACUCUCCUCCGUGGCCUUGACCGGCACCAAUCAUGAAGGCGAUCAGCCCGCACAUUUGACCUUGAAAGAUGACCACAUUCCGGUCGAUCACAAUCUGGCGAUCUAUGAGGGUCCCGAACAACGUUUCUGCCCAGCCGGUGUGUAUGAGUAUGUGCCGAACGAGGAGGGUGGCAACAUGAAGUUACAGAUUAAUGCACAAAACUGUAUCCACUGCAAAACCUGUGAUAUUAAAGAUCCCAAGCAAAACAUUAACUGGGUGGUGCCCGAGGGUGGCGGCGGUCCAGCCUACAAUGGCAUGUAAAACGUGUCACCUUUGUUGUGAUGUUGAAGCUUUCGUUAUCUUUAGUCUGUUGUUGCAUUUGAUUUUAAGUUAACAUUUUGGUUUUGAACCCAUAUUUACAGUGCCUGCGUAAACUGUACGUAACUAAUAUUGAAAUAGGCGAAGCGCCGAUAUUUAGCUAGUUUUAUAUAUUCUAUGUAAAUUUAGGUCGAAAAAAGUUGUAGAACUGAAUUUUGUAAUUGUAAUGUGAAUUUGAAAAUAAUUUACUUUGUAUAAACUUAAAGAAAUAAAAUAUUUUUUAUAUAAAAAUGAA